AAAAAUAACUUCAAGGAUGCCUCUAAGAGUUCUUUUCCGAUACUUGUUCAACAAUGAAAAGUUGAUUAACAGAUUAGCAGAAUCCAAACCAAUAAGACAAACUGCACAAUUUGUAGUAUACAUACUAAUUAGAGCAGGUAUGGUUAAUGGAUCACACCGCCCUAUCUCUAGUCCAAAAGACUUUAUCAAACAGCUGAAAGAUAUUGCUGACCAAUUAAAGCAACAAUUAGAAAAAAAAAAGAAAUUUAAGAAAUAAUUUAUGAUAGAUCAUAUAUUUUAUGC